AUGACACGUAGUUGGCUGCCUCUGCUUUCAAACUUCUUCAACGAUAUACGUCUCAAUCUGCCAUCAAUCUCAACCGAUUCCAAAUUGAAUGAACUAUGUCAACUACUUGGUCGUUCUCCAAAACUCUCCGGUGGCUCUGUCGGCCUCUACAGGGUACACAAGAAUACGGUGAUGGCCGGACAUGAAGUAAAGCUUUACUUUGGAGAUUUCAAGAGCUUGCAAAGAGUCAACAGGUCUCGAUUAGAUUGUUUGGACUCGCUGGCUCUGGUCAAUCCAGACAACAUCCCAUUGGAUUGCUAUCCUCGCAAUCUUAACAAGUUGACCGUGAAGUAUGGGAUGACUCAUCUCAUGGAUGACCAUGUCAAGGAGCUUCCAGCGUGUGCCACAGUGAUAUUGCUCACCAACUCAAACGUUGUGAUCAUCCCAUCGACUGUUACUCACUUGACACUGUCUCCACACUCGGUUGUCAAUUGGUUGGAUGUUCCUGCUGGAUGGAUCCCCGAGAGUGUCACCUACCUAAAGUUCGAAAUGCCCUAUCGUGCGGUGUUCCAUCCCGACUCCAUACCCGAAAGAGUCGUUCACUUUGAGAUGCCUGACUUUAUCAUGAUGAUGGUUGGGGCCAAACUGCCACUAUCGAUCAAGACAUUGCGCGUAUCAAAGAACCUCAGCUUACUCAAUCUCCCUCCAAACGUCGAGACACUCAUAUUUCCAAGUCAGUACUUUCAAUCAAUCACUUGCGAGCUGCCGCGAUCAAUCACAUCGCUAGAGUUUGAAAAGGGAUUCACUCAACACGUGUCUGUCGAGCUGCCACCUAAUCUACAGAGGUUGGACAUUGGAGGGGCCGAGUUGGCCCAUCACUUCAUACCGCCAUUAGUCAAUACAAUCAGGAUUGGCAUUGACGGCCUGCUCGACCACUUCCCCGAGCAUCUCGAAUCACUCACUCUCAGCGACCAUUUCGACCAAAGACUGCAGGCGGGCUCACUACCGCAGAGUCUUACAUCACUGACAUUUGGCAAACAGUUCAAUCAAGAGCUCAAGGACAUGGUGUUGCCAAGACGACUUGUCAACCUCAAGUUUGGAGAGAACUUUGACAAGGAGUUGCACAAGCCUGGCACACUGCCAGGCACGCUCAAAGUUAUAAAAUUCGGUGGCAAGUUCAAUUGCAAGCUACCAGUCGGCACCAUCCCCGCAAGUGUCACACGCAUCAGCUUUGGAGGCAUGUUCAAUCGCGACCUGAUGGAGGGCUGGGCACCAUCUCUACGCAAGCUGGUAUUGAGCUACGGAUUUAACUCGUUCGGACCACACUGCAUCCCGCCCACUGUGGAGAAGUUGUGGUUGCAGAUGAGCACCAGGCUGCCAGCUAUCGAUGGUAUACCGUUCGGGCAUAUGAAGAACGUCCGAACAAUCAAGCAUUGUAACCAUACCGUGUACAUCAGAAGGAUCUCCAACACAUCAUUACUAUUCCUCGCAAAGCAAUCACUCAAUUGUGGAUUCUUGAAUCUGGACAAAGGCGACAACACCAAUGUUCUGGGCAUACUCUCAUCAGUGUUUAACCCCUUACCACCUGAUUGA